UGGAAUGAAUAAAACCUAUUUAAUGCCAAUAAUUUUGUCAUACAAAUUAAUGUCUAUAAUUUCAAGUUUUUUUAAAAACAAAAAUCUUACAAAUAAUGUGCUAUGACACAAUGGAUUUUUAAAUAGGUUUUACGUAAAGGAUUUUUUAAAUUAGCAAAAACCGCUUAAGGUCAAAUUACGUUUUAAAAACGCGUUAUUUAAUUGUUAAUAGAUCCAUUUUGAUAAAAACGAACCGUUUCAAUGUUAUUUGUUUUGCGCUUUCAUAAGAAUUUUUCUACUUUAAACAAAUAUGUUUAUUUGGAAUAACUAAAUAUAUGGAUGCAAUUCGGAAUGAAAUUGUUUACAAGUUACUCCAAACAACCAAAACAAACAACCCAAGAUUAUAAAAUUGAUUUGUUAAAUGCUAUCGACGGAAAUGACUUCACUAAAGCUCAACGUUUGAUCACUGAAUUUGAUUUUGACGUCAACGCCGAAUAUUUAGGAAACACAUUAUUAAAUAGAGCGGUGUUAAAUAAUUGCGUCGAAAUGGUUGAAGUUUUAUUAAAAUUAGGUGCUGAUGUAAAUAAACCAGUGCAUGGCAACUAUCCAUUGCAUAGAUGCAUAUCAAAAAAUGCUAUUUCUAUAAUUGAACUUUUAUGUGCUAACAAUGUAAACAUUAAUUCACAAAGUCAAAAUGGAAACACUGCAUUGCAUCUGGCUGUAGGAAAAGAAAUGUUUUCAGUUGUAGAUUAUUUAAUAAAGAAAUCAGCAAACGUAAAUUUGUGUAAUAACCAUGGAGAUACACCUCUUCACAUUGCGGCUAGAAUGCGACAGUUAAGAAUCUACAAACUUCUUAUUGAAAAUGGAGCUAAUGUUUCAGUAAAAAACAAAUUCGGAAAAACUCCAUUAGAAGAAGUAGCAGGAACCAACACAUUUGAUCCGCAUUUAUAUAUUGACUGGUUGCCAUAAAUAAAAAAUAUUAUUGUAAAUAAUUUUAUAAUCUUUAUAUUCGAUAAAGUAUUAACAAAA